AUGUUGCCAGUUUGUGGUGGAGCGCUAUUGUGCGGCCACGGUGAAGUCAACUUUGUUCUCCUAGGAGCUCUUUCUGCGAUUGGUAGCGUCUUCUUUAGGGCAUUGAAAAAUACUAUGCAAGGUGACCUCUUGAACGGAUCGCUGUCCUCUCUUGAGCUGUUGUUCGUCCUUGCCCCUGCCAACUUGGUAUUUUUCCUCAUCGGCUCUCUCGCUGCUGAGGGGAUCAGCCCUGUAUGGGAGGCGGCCAGUAGUCCAUCGAUAAUGUUGGGCUUGAUAAUAUCAUCAUUCUUGGCAUGUGCUUUUAACAUUCUUACUUUUAUGAUGCUGAAACUACUGUCACCAGUAGGAGCCAUGGUCGUACACUCUAUGAAGACUCCUGGUAUGCUCAUAACGUCAUGGGCGCUUUUUGGCAAUCCGGUGGAGCCGACUCAAAUUGUAGGUUUUGUUAUUAUCACUGCAGGCGUGUACUACUACCGGGUUAAUGGUGGUGAAAUUACUCCCGAGACGGUGUCGGCAGAGGUGGUUGGCCUUGACGCUAAAGUUGGGGAGAAUUCUUCGGUGGACGAUGAUGAAGAAACAUUCCCGGGAGAUGAUUCUAGCGGCUCUGGGGAUCUCGAGAUGGGAGAUCUACGCUCGGAAAUUGCUCUUGAAUGA